AUCUAGGGCUGUCCUGAGUUAAUUUCAGGUGCCCAUCAUUAAUUAUACAUGUUAACACAAAGGUAUAAUAAAUCUAAGAUGUUGCUGACUACUGCAUGUGUGUAGGUUUACAGUUAAUUGUAAUGCAUGACUUUCAGCAGGAUAAAGCCCCACCUCACAGCUCCACAUUUUCAUAUGCAUGCAGCGACUUACACAACCUGACUAUCAACUCAGGAGUCAUGACAGAAGUAUAUAACACAACCGAAAACUACACAGAAUACGACAACCUAGAUAAAGAGAACAUGCACCAGCCCUGCAAUAACGACAAUGUAAGGUCAUUCAGCCGAAUCUUCCUGCCCACCCUCUACAGCAUUGUCUUCGUUGUGGGCUUAAUUGGAAAUAGCCUGGUAAUGUCUGUGUUAGUCAAGUAUCAUAAAAGAUCAAACGUGACAAAUCUGUGCCUUUUCAACCUGGCGCUUUCAGAUCUCCUCUUCCUUCUAUCAUUACCUUUCUUUGCUCACUAUGCUGCCAUCACUGAGUGGGUCUUUGGGAGCUUCAUGUGCCAUGCAGUGACGGCGCUCUACAUGCUGGGAUUUUAUGGAAGCGUCUUCUUCAUGAUCCUCAUGACCGUACACCGCUACACCAUUACUGUUCAUGCCCGUAACUCCCACUUCUCCAAGCAGUGGUCAGUCAGAGCUAGCUUAUUGCUGGUUUUGUUUAUGUGGACACUUAGUUUGGGAACUUCUCUGCCAAACAUAAUAUUUGCCCAAGUUAAAGUGGCAGGUAAAUCAAAUGCCUCAACAUGCAAAAUGGAAUAUCAUGGAGCAUGGAGGUCAUUCUCUUACAUUGAGCUGAAUGUUUUAGGAUUUAUUGUUCCUCUCUCGGUGAUGGUGUUCUGUUACUCUCAUAUCAUCCCUGUCUUGAAGGCCAUGAAAACUCAGAAGAAACACAAAGCUGUCAGGCUCAUCUUUGUCUUGGUCACAGUGUUCCUCCUCUUCUGGACACCUUACAACAUCGUCAUCUUCCUGAAGUUACUGCAACAUUUGGGUUACAUAAGCACUUGUAAGUGGGAUCAGGACCUGACCAUGGCUAUGCAGUGGGUGGAAACCAUAGCGUACUGUCACUGCUGCCUCAACCCCAUCAUCUACGCCUUUGUUGGGGAGCAAUUCAGGAAUUCAACUCUCAAAAUCCUGAAACAGUGGUUUCCACAUUGCUUUGGUCGGUACUCAGCAACUGUCAAGCAGUUCUCAGAGAGGAAGCGCUUUAUGUCCUUACGCACCCUCGAAAAUUCCAGCUCAAAGAUUGUGUAGCCCGAACUGGAAAAAUUAAAACUGCACUGCCGUCACAAUAGUUAUGACUAGUAAAUUUGUGGAUCAAUUUGUAAAAAAUCUGAAGUUGGAUUCUCCUUUUACAAAAGAAAUUUUAAUUGUCAUUACUUUACUUCUUAGUUAAUGACAUUUUUGUUUUGUUUAUUCUUGUGUUGCCAAGAUGGCAAGUGGAGCCACUGUUGCCAUCCCCAAGUCAAUCAUUUUCUAAAAAAUUGCGCAUUUAUUAUUUAUAGCUUAACGUUGUUCUGUUCCUGUUAUCACUUAAAUUAUAACAGCUAGAAACAUUUAUUUCCUGAAACAAAUGUUUUUUUUUUCCCCAAGUUGUUAACCAGAAAUUAUUUUUUUUUACCUCUCAAAAAGUCUGAAUAUAUUCAAAUAUCCAGAAUAGGUAACAAAAACUAGCUCAUAGCUCAUUUAGCUUUUAACAAAGGCAUGUAUCCAGGUUUCUAGGCUGCUUUGCCUACAAACCCGGAUGUUUGUAGGCAUGCUAACAUAAUCACACCACCGCGUCGUAAAAAAUGCAUGAAAUACUGCUUAUAAUUUUGCAUAUGCAAAUACACAGUGGGUCUGUCUAUAAUAACAGCCCACAUAAACAGCCUGUACUGUAAGACUGAUGCUUAUUUUGCUUUUCCAGCUACCUUCAUUUGCAUUCUGUGAUUGCUGUUUGUAAUUGAAAUGCUAGUUUGUACUGUAUGUGAUACACAUGUGACACAUUAAAGCUUUCUGCAUGAAUCUAGCUGACCCUAAAG